AUGACUCGUGGCGUAACAGCAGAAUCAUCCAAAUCAAUUAGCAAGGAUUUCAGAGAUAAGAGACAAGUCAACGGACUACCACUAGUGUACCCAUAUGGAGGAACUUAUAAGCUCCUUAUAGGCUUCGCUCUUCCAGUGCCAAGUGAAGACCAUAUCAAUUUGUUAUUUGCGUGCAACUUUCAAUACCAAUAUCUUCAAUUCCAAAACAUAACAGAACUGUCCCGUUACUAUUUCAUCAACACAGUGUCGAGAGAACAGCGGGAUGCCGAACUUGUAUCGAGGAGGGAUGAAAGGAUCGUUUUCUAUAGAGCUAUGGCUGAAUUAUUGGAAAUGAAAGGCAUGAAUGGUCAGGACUGCGUGUUGCGAGCUAUUUGCGAAGCGGCCCAAUAUCCGGUACACGAGGAAGCUCUUGUCGGAGAGGUCUUACACAUACUGUUAACGCCAGAUUACGGGCAUUCGUCUUUCGAAGAGCUAGAGCCGGAGUGGCAGGAAGCGAUGUCGACGUACAACGACGCGGCAACGGCGGGGCGGCAGAUGUUCGACUGCGGAUACAUAUACAGCGGCUGUCCCCAAGAGCAGGCCAUAUUAGAUAUAAUCACAACACUGAGAGAUGAAUAAUCCCUUUAUUCAAAUGUUAGAAUAUUCCUUUAUUCAUAACAAAGUGUUUCUCCCCUUAUAAUAAAAUCAAAAAUCAUUUAUUUCAAGUAGGCUCAGUUUACAAGCACUUUUGACACGUCAGUUGACUAUUUGUAAAGAUUCAACACCGGUUCGGAAGGCAGGUUCUGCUGAGAAGAAACCGGCAAGAAACUCAACAGUUGCUCUUUUUA